GGAUUUCUUGUUUGCCCCUCAAAAAGUACCCAUAUUUUUCUAUUAUGUUGCUUGAUAAAGUCUACCACCGCUUCUCAAUCUCCCCCAACCUCCGCCCCGUUCCAAUUCCCUUGCUCUGCUCUCCUCUCCUUCACCAGACGCUUCAGCUUGGCGCCCGCCUCCCCUCGUCUUCUCCGCCGCCGCCUCAUCCGUCUCGUACCCCUCUGCGUGCCCUUAGGUUUAGUCGCGCGAAGCACAUGAGCUCCCACGCGGCGUCCGCCGCCUCUUUCCGGCUCGCCUGCCUUGCGCGCUCCGCCUCGGCCGCUGAGAGCGGCACGGGGGACGCGAACGGGGCGCCGGAUCCUGCUUCGUUCCCUUCCUCCGCUGCGCCGACGCCCCAGGAUGAAGAGAGCUCUUCACUAGGAGGGUAUAGGCUUCCUCCAAAGGAAAUCCGAGAUAUUGUUGAUGCACCACCACUUCCUGUGCUGUCAUUUUCACCACAAAGGGAUAAGAUACUAUUUUUAAAACGGAGAUCUCUGCCUCCAUUAGCAGAACUUGCCCGUCCAGAGGAAAAACUUGCUGGUAUACGAAUUGAUGGUGACUACAAUGCCCGGAGUCGAAUGUCCUUCUAUACUGGGAUAGGAAUCCAUUUGUUGGCUGAUGAUGGCAAGCUCGGACCUGAAAUAGAGGUGCAUGGCUUCCCUGAUGGAGCUAAGAUUAAUUUUGUUAGCUGGUCUCGGGAUGGUCAGCAUUUGUCCUUCAGCAUUCGAGUUGAUGAGGAGGACAACAAUAGUAGCAAGCUUAGAGUUUGGAUUGCAGAUGUAGAAUCUGGGAAGGCUAGGCCACUAUUUGCAUCACCUGAUAUCUUCUUGAAUGCAGUUUUUGACAACUUUGUCUGGGUGAAUGAUUCUACAUUGUUGGUAUGUACUAUCCCCAUAUCUCGUGAAGCCCCUCCAAAAAAGCCAUUGGUUCCAUCAGGCCCAAAAAUUCAAUCAAAUGAACAGAAAAAUGUUGUUCAAGUUAGAACCUUCCAGGAUCUACUCAAGGAUGAACAUGAUGAAGAUCUAUUUGACUACUAUUCGACCUCACAACUAGUUCUUGCCUCCUUGGAUGGAACAAUGAGGCCUAUUGGACCUCCUGCUGUAUAUACAUCCAUUGAUCCUUCACCUGAUGAGAAGUAUAUAUUGGUUACUUCUAUUCAUCGACCAUACUCCUACAUUGUUCCCUGUGGAAGAUUUCCAAAGAAAAUUGAGCUAUGGACCACGGAUGGCAAGUUCAUUAGAGAGAUAUGCAAUUUACCUUUGGCUGAAGAUAUUCCCAUUGCAUUUAACAGUGUACGAAAAGGAAAGCGAUCAAUCAAUUGGAGGCCAGACAAGCCUUCCACUCUAUAUUGGGUGGAGACACAAGAUGGAGGAGAUGCAAAGAUAGAAGUUUCCCCAAGAGACAUUGUUUAUACGGAGUUGGCUGAACCUAUUAUUGCGGAACAACCAGACGUUUUACAUAAACUUGAUCUUCGUUAUGGUGGUAUCUCCUGGUGUGAUGAUUCCUUUGCUUUGAUGUAUGAAUCAUGGUAUAAGACUCGCAGAACAAGAACAUGGGUUAUUUCUCCAGACAUUAAGAAUAUCGAGCCACGAAUUUUGUUCGAUAGAUCCUCAGAAGAUGUAUAUUCUGAUCCUGGUUCUCCAAUGAUGAGGAGAACUCAAGCCGGUACUUAUAUCAUUGCAAAAAUAAAGAAGCACGAUGAUGCAGGAACAUACAUUUUGCUGAAUGGAAGAGGUGCAACACCAGAAGGAAAUGUUCCAUUUCUUGAUUUGUUUGAUGUAAAUACAGGAGUUAAAGAGAGGAUUUGGGAAAGUGACAAGGAAAAAUAUUAUGAAACUGUUGUUGCACUAAUGUCAGAUUACACUGAUGGUGAUUUGUUCCUUGAUCAACUAAAAGUUCUUACUUCAAAGGAGUCAAAGACGGAAAAUACUCAAUAUUUUCUACAAACUUGGCCAGAUAAAAAGACUUUUCAAAUCACAAAUUUCCCCCAUCCUUAUCCUCAAUUAGCAUCCUUACAGAAAGAGAUGAUCAGAUACCAGAGGAAGGACGGUGUCCAACUGACCGCAACCCUUUACUUGCCUCCUGGUUACAGUCCAUCAAAGGAUGGACCUCUACCAUGCCUUUUCUGGUCAUAUCCUGGAGAGUUUAAAAGCAAAGAUGCUGCUGGACAAGUUCGUGGCUCUCCGAAUGAGUUUGCAGGAAUAGGCCCUACAUCACCACUUCUUUGGUUGGCUAGAGGUUUCGCAAUUCUGUCUGGCCCAACAAUCCCAAUUAUAGGGGAGGGAGAUGAAGAAGCAAAUGAUAGGUAUGUAGAACAGUUGGUUGCGAGUGCAGAGGCUGCAGCUGAGGAAGUCAUUCGAAGAGGGGUAGCUCAUCCAAAUAAAAUUGCUGUUGGUGGUCACUCUUACGGAGCAUUCAUGACGGCUAAUCUAUUAGCACAUGCUCCACAUCUUUUUUGCUGUGGCAUUGCUCGUUCCGGAGCCUACAACAGAACUCUUACUCCUUUUGGCUUUCAGAAUGAAGAUAGAACGCUUUGGGAGGCAACCAGUACUUAUAUCAAGAUGAGCCCUUUUAUGUCUGCAAGUAAGAUAACGAAACCAAUUCUAUUAGUACACGGAGAAGAAGACAAUAACUCAGGAACAUUGACGAUGCAGUCCGAUCGAUUCUUUAAUGCUUUGAAAGGACAUGGAGCACUCUGUCGUUUGGUUAUUCUUCCCUUCGAAAGCCAUGGUUAUUCUUCCAGGGAGAGUAUUAUGCACGUCUUGUGGGAGACCGAUGCAUGGCUGCAGAAGUACUGCAUAAAUAAUCGCGACGAAUCUACAGAUCAUUCCUCUAAAGAUGAAUCUAAGAAUUCUUCCACAAAGAGUACCGUUUCAGCAGGUGGUGGUGGUGCACCUGAUAGUGAAAGUCUGAAUGGGGAUGGAUUUCAUCACACGCCAAGGUCUCUUUUGUGCUAACAUUGGCAUCGAGUCAAUAACAUCGGAUGCAAAGUUGUUCGAUAGAUCACACUGUCCAUUUUUACGCUCUGAUUGUAUCGACAUGAUGCAGAUCAACUUGGAAGGUUUAACACUACGAGGACGGGUAAUCUAACCUUUCAUGGAGCUACAACUUACACAUAUCUGCAUGGACAAUUGUCCCGAGUAAAUUUGUGAUGAGGGUAGUUGGAGUAGCCACCUAUGUUGUCAAUUAGAACAGCACUGCUCCAGCUUCUGACCCAUAUUUAUUAAUGAUGCAUUAUGCUUCUUUUCUUUUGGAACGGCUGUGUUGUAUUAUGCCAAUUUCACUCAAGCCAGAACAUUUUUUGAGCAACAGAUUAAUAUGCAAAGUAGCUCCUUUGUGCUAUGUUAAAAUA